GGAACUCUUCAUAACUUUGUGGCGCACAUGAGUCCGAGGUGACGAAAAUGCACCGGCUCGUUCCGUCAAGUAGAUUGUUUUCAAGAAGUAUAACCUCAUUACAACCUAAAAUAAAACACAAUAACUGUACUUACGAUCAUUUGUGUGUAAGAUGUUUGUCAAAUCAGUCCAAUCAACAAGGAAACCACCAUGAAUGGUCAUCACGACACACAGCAUAUGCUUCUGUGGCCGCAACGUCUUUAGUAUCACUUUAUUUUCUGGUUAAAUCCCUAAAGAGAGAUGAGAAUAGGUGGUCAUGCUACAGAUCCGCUUACUGUCAAAAAAAGCAUGUUGUCCCAGGAGCUAUUCCAGAAGCCAAGGCAUCCACCUUAUCGAAGGAUAAAAACAAAACCACCGAAUCAGAACAAACUGAUAAAGAAUCAUCUGAUACUGAGCUACCAUUUUAUAAGUACCUCAUAGUGGGAGCAGGGACAUCCUCAGUAUCAGCUUAUAGAGCAAUCAAAGCCAGGGACCCCAAGGCAAAGAUUUUAAUUAUUGGAGAAGAACCUGAUGUUCCCUAUGAGCGCCCACCUUUAUCUAAAGAGCUGUGGUAUGUUGAUCCUGCUGUGGCCAAGGAAUACAAAAUUGGGAAAUCAAAGAGAGACAGCAUUUUCUAUGAACCAAGGCCAUUUUAUUUGAGCCCAAAGGCAUUACAAGAGGCAGAAAAUGGUGGAGUUGGCUUGAUUUCUGGUAAAAAGGUUGUAAAACUUGAUGGUCAGAAGAAAAAGGUGUGGUUAAAUGAUGGCACAGAAAUUCUCUAUGAAAAAUGUCUGUUGGCCACAGGAGGUCGUCCAAAGAACCACCCUGUGAUGGAGACAGCAGAAAAAGACGUUCAAGAUCGCACCAUUCUCUUUAGAAAUACAUCAGACUUUACUCGUCUCCAUGAAGCGGUGGAAAAGUCCAAGUCAGUGGCCAUCAUCGGUGGGGGGUUUCUAGGCAGCGAGCUGGCCUGUGCCCUUGGAUUCAAAGGAUUAAAAACUUACCAAAUUAUUCAGGAGAAAGGGAAUCUUGGCACUGUUCUUCCUGAGUAUCUCAGUAAACACACAACAGAAAAAGUACAAGAAAGUGGGGUAGAUGUGCUAACAUCUCUCACAGUCACAGAGGCUCAGUAUAACAACAACCAGGUGGAACUAACCCUCAGUGAUGGCAGAAAGAUUUCAGUGGAUAAAGUUGUGGUGUGUGUGGGUUUAGAGCCAAAUGUAGAUUUAGCCAAGACAUCCAAUUUAGAAUUGGAUGAGAAACAUGGGGGAUUCCGUGUUAAUGCUGAACUGGAGGCAAUGUCUGGACUGUGGGUGGCAGGUGACGUCUCUUGUUUUUAUGACAUUAAACUUGGUCGUCGAAGAAUUGAACAUCACAACCAUGCCUGGGUCAGCGGAAAAUUAGCAGGAGAAAACAUGACCGGGGCCUCUAAAAUGUAUCGAUACCAGUCGAUUUUCUGGUCAGAUCUAGAACCCUAUGUAUCAUUCCAAGCCAUCGGUAUAAUAGACUCUAACUUGGAAACUUAUUCAGUUUUUGAAAAACCUCCAGAGAAGAAGAAGCAGAGAAAGAAAAAAACAAAGGAAAGCAAUUUAGAAAUUGCCAAGAAAACAACAGAAGAAUCACUAGGAACAAAUCAGGAAGUCAGUAAAGAUACUGGCUCUGAAGAAGAGAAGCCAAAAGAGGAGUUUAACAAAGGCGUGAUCUUUUACUUAAGGGGUGGAUCCAUUGUGGGCAUUUUACUCUGGAAUAUAACAGGGAAAAUAUAUAGAGCCAGACAGGUAAUCAGUGAUGGAUGUCGAGAUGAAGAUUUGUAUGAAGUAGCCAAGCUGUUCUUUGCUCCAAGGAAACGGAGGACAGAGGACUAAGUCUGUGAUAUUACAUGUGACACUGUACAUUGUGAUAAGAGUGCUAAUGAGAAUAAAGUGUGGAGGAGUCAA